AUGCACCCGCACACACCGCCCCCGGCCCCGCACUCGCCCCUGCAGUCUUCCCUGAAAACGGCACAGGCAGUGCGCAACACCAGAUUGCGGAUUCAGUUUUGCGCUGCGGCGUAG